AUGGCAGAUCAAUUGAAUGCAUCUUUUAUUAAAUAGUCUGAGGAUAUUAUUUAAUAAAAGAAAGAGGAAAUACUUUAGUUCUUUGAACAGAAAGGCUACAAAGCAGAUUCUGCAUUUGACGAUUAACUUUGGUUUUUUCCAGAAAUCAAUUAAGACUAAGAACAUAUCCUAUGGAAGGUGAUAAGCGAUACAAUUGGACAAGAUUAAGUUUAUGAUGAGAAUGUAGGGUUUUUCAUUUAAUUAGUUUGCAUCAGAAGCAACUAUUGAUACUUUUGUAUAGAAACUAUUGGAUUAAGCAAAAAUGAUACAUUUGAAAAUACUUGAUUUCCAAAAAAACAUUGAUUAUUUCAAAGAUGAACUUACCAAUUUUGAUAAGUUUUCAAAAGUCAUUGAAGCAAGUAUUACAAAAUAAAUAAAUCAUCUUAGAUAAAUCAGAAUAUAAUCAAGAAAAUGCCUUAGUCAUCUCUUUUGUAGAUCAAGUCAAUUAAAUAAGUGAAAUGUAAAAAGUAUUAAUAACCAAAAUCUAUUUCUUAGUUUUAUAAACUGAAAUACAAAGUUGGAACAAUUCACUAAAAUUAUCAACCACUGUAUCCAGAGAAUUCAAAUCGAUCUACAUGCAUUUCAUUAGAUAAUACUAUAGAUUCUAUAACACUAGUUGUGAUGGGAAAAAGAUUAGAUAAAAAUUUAGGAGAUGCAAGAACUUUGGGAGAAGAUUUUAAAGAAUUAGCAUAAAUAAAAAUACCUAUUCUUGAUAUUUAUUAAUAAAUUAGACCAAGACAUUUUGCUCUUCCUACUAUACCUUAAUGUUACUUGAUUGUAAAUUACUAGGAUUAAAGUUUGGAUGCUCCUUAUAUAGAUAAUGUCACAGUAAAUCUAAGAUUUGAUGUAAGACUCUCAUAUGAAGAUAGAAUUAAUAUUAUAAAAUAAUAAAAAGAAUUUAAGAGUGGAUUGAUUGAAGUAAUUUAUUAAUCUUAAUAAUAAAUAGAAAUUCUAAGAAAAACUCCAAUAAAGAUUAGCUUAGAUGGAGUAAUUACUGUGUCCAUUUAAAAUGAAUCCUAAAUUAUAAUAUGUAACUGCUAAAGGAAUAGGAUAAAAAUAAGAUUUCAAAGAUGAACCUAUUAAACCUAAAAGUGAUAGAAACAAAGAAGACAUUAAGCCACCUAAGGAAAGGGAAACAUGUUGCAUAAUAUAAUGA